GCGUGUUACGUCACUAUGCGAUCGGAUUGUGCUCAGUUUACCGUCUCCUGGCCCGUUGAUGCGUCAGGUUGCUGUUUACCUGCAUCUGAUGCGCUGUAUCCUGUGCUGGCAGCGUGAGCCGUAGGGACGACACCGGGAAACCCCUGAGGCCAGAAAAUGAGAUCAAUUAUGAAACUAUUAAUAAGCCCUUUCAUACCAUAUUGGGACUUGUGCAGUGUCAGCAGCAUCAGUUUUGAUGUCUGAACCAACCUUCUUUGGGGAUGCACCUGCCUUUGCAGGUGACCCCAACAGUUAGAGAAAAGGACUCAGUGGCUUUUGAGGAUGUGUCUGUGAACUUCAGCCAGGAGGAGUGGGCCCUGCUGGCUCCUUCACAGAAGAAACUCUACAGAGAUGUGAUGCAGGAAACAUUCAAGAACCUGGCCUCUAUAGGGAAAAAAUGGGAAGACCAGAACGUUGAAGAUCAGCACAAAAACCAGGGGAAAAAUCUAAGAAGCCAUAUGGUGGAGAGACUCUGUGAGAGUAAAGAAGGUAGUCAAUGUGGAGAAACCUUCAGUCCCAGUCUCUGUGUGACCAAGAAGACUGCCAGAGUAAAAUUAGAUGAAUGUACUGUCUGUGGAAAAGUCUUCAUGCGUCGUUCGUCCCUUACUAGACACAUGAGGUCUCACACUGGAUAUGAGCUAAUUGAGAAGCCAUAUAAAUGUAAGGAAUGUGGGAAAGCCUUUAGUUAUCUCAAAUCCUUUCAAAGACAUGAAAGGAGUCACACUGGAGAAAAACCCUAUAAAUGUAAACAAUGUGGAAAAACCUUCAUAUAUCAUCAACCCUUUCAAACACAUGAACGGACUCACAUUGGAGAAAAACCCUAUGAAUGUAAGCAAUGUGGGAAAGCUCUUAGUUGUCCCAGUUCACUUCGAAUUCAUGAAAGGAUUCAUACUGGAGAAAAGCCCUAUGAAUGUAAAAAAUGUGGGAAAGCCUUCAGUUGUCCCAGUUCUAUUCGAAUACAUGAAAGAACUCACACUGGAGAGAAACCCUAUGCAUGUAAGGAAUGUGGGAAAGCCUUCAUUUCCCACACAAGUGUUCUAACACACAUGAUAACGCACAACGGAGAUAGACCUUAUAAAUGCAAGGAAUGUGGGAAGGCAUUCAUUUUUCCCAGUUUUUUACGAGUACAUGAAAGAAUUCACACUGGAGAAAAACCCUAUAAAUGUAAACAAUGUGGUAAAGCCUUCAGAUGUUCCACUUCCAUUCAAAUUCAUGAAAGAACUCAUACUGGAGAGAAGCCCUAUAAAUGUAAAGAAUGUGGGAAAUCUUUCACUGCACGCCCAGCCUUUCGAGUACACCUCAGAGUCCAUACUGGCGAGAAACCCUAUAAGUGUAAAGAAUGUGGGAAAGCCUUUAGCAGGACCAGUUACUUUCGAAUACAUGAAAGGACUCACACUGGAGAAAAACCCUACGAAUGUAAAAAAUGUGGGAAAACCUUCAAUUAUCCUCUAGAUCUGCAAAUCCACGAGAGGAAUCACACUGGAGAAAAACCCUAUGAGUGUAAGGAAUGUGCAAAAGCCUUCAUUUCUCUUGAAAACUUUCGAAGACACAUGAUCACACACACUGGAGAUGGACCUUAUAAAUGUAGAGACUGUGGGAAGGCAUUCAUUUUUCCUAGUGCGUUACGAACACAUGAAAGAACUCACACUGGAGAGAAACCCUUUGAAUGUAAACAAUGCGGAAAAGCCUUUAGUUGUUCCAGUUACAUUCAGAUCCAUGAAAGAACUCACACUGGGGAGAAACCUUAUGAAUGUAAGGAAUGCGGGAAGGCCUUUAUUUAUCCCACAAGCUUUCAAGGACACAUGAGAAUGCACACUGGAGAGAAACCCUAUAAAUGUAAAGAAUGUGGGAAGGCCUUUAGUCUUCACAGUUCCUUUCAAAGACAUGAAAGAAUUCACAGUUGUGAGAAACCUCUUGAAUGUAAGCAAUGUGGUAAAGGCUUCAGUUUAUCCACGUCCUUGCAAAAACAUAUGAGAAUGCACACUCGAUAGAAACUCUAUAUAUGUGAGAAAUAGGGGAAAGUUUUCACUUCUAACAGAUACUUUCAAAGUUAUGAAAAUUUCCAGUGAAGAGAGAAAUCCUAUAAAUGUAAGUAAUAUAGAAAGCGAGAUACAGGAUAAUUCAUGUACAGUCAGGUACCACAUAAUCGUGUUUCAGUUAGCAAUGGACCAUAUGUAAGUUGGUGGCCCCUUAAGAUUAUAUAAACAGCUAAAACAUUUCUACCACCUGCGAUUUAGUAGCAGUAGUAACACCACAGCACAGCACAUUAAGUGUUUAAUGGUGAUACUUGUGUAAACCUGUUGCAUUUCCAGUUAUAUAAAAGUACAACAGCUGGGUCUGGUGGCUCACACCUGUAAUCCCAACACUGGAAGACUAAGGCAGUAGGAUUACUUGAUGCUGGGAGUUUGUGACUAGCCUGGUCAACAUAGACCCCCAUCUCUACAAACAAUAAAAACAUUUUCUAGGUAUGGUAGCACGCCCUGUAGUUCCAGCUA